CUUGUCGGUCGACUACUUCUGUUUUUACAUCAAGGGAGUCAUACUGCCAUGUUCCAACCCAGUACAAAUUGGAUGUCCCGGCAGUUUCCAUGUGAUGUCACUGGACUAGUGUUUGACUGUCAGGAAAAGAAACUUCAAAAAGUACCUAACGGGAUAACCAGCAAUGCCACUGUAGUAAAUUUAUCAAAAAAUGAACUUCUCAAAAUACAGGAAUAUAGGAAUGUGUUUUCUCAUCUGGAAAAUCUCACUGAACUUAAUCUUUCCCAUGCAAAAAAGUACGGGCUGAAGGACGUCGACAUCGAUAAAGAUGCUUUCAAAAAUCUAACAAACUUGAAAAUACUGAAUUUAAGCUACAAUUGUCUGACUCAUGUCCCCAUUAGUCUUCCUCACAGUCUUACAAUGAUUUUUCUAAACAAUAACAACAUCCUGGUGCUCAAUAAUAUGAGUUUUUCUGGUAUAAGAAAUGUGACACAACUAUUCUUGCAAAGAAACGGCUGUUCUAGCAAUAAUUGCUCCAAUCCAGUACAUAUUUCAGAUGACAGUUUUUCAGUUUUGACAAAGCUUAAGGUUCUGGACCUUUCCUCCAACAUUUUAAGACAUGUUCCAAAGGGACUACCAACAACGCUUACCAACCUGACACUUAGUGACAACCAAAUGCAUUACAUUUCUGAAGAGGACUUCAAAGAGCUCCAUCACUUAAAAGAACGGACAAUACAUGGAAACUGCCCAAGAUCUGGAAAUGCUCCACAUCCCUGUGUACCUUGCCCUAAUAUUUCUCUUGGAAUCCAUCCUAAGGCGUUUAUUGACCUUACCAAACUACGGACGUUGGAUUUAGCUGGCAACUCCCUGACAGAACUUAAUGACUGUUCAAGUUGA